AUGCUGUCCGAGCUCCCAUCAGAGAUCAUCUAUCAAAUCGCGACAUAUCUUCCAACUGCCAAUGCAUUGGCUCAUUUGUCCCAGACGUGUUACCGACUGCACCGCAUUAUCACAGCUGAAAAUUCUCGCAUCUUCCGAGCUUUUGUGCGAAGCAGAUUUCCAUCCACCCAAACACCGCCAUUUUGGAAAGAUGCAGCACAAGCUUUGACCUCCAGGUCCCGGGCCUUGGACAGAAAAGCCAUCAUCGGACGAUUUGCUGUCCCACCUCAAACUGCGACUAAAAUCGGUUCUCACGAGGUGAUUCGCCAAGACAACCCAACUCUCGGCUACAGACCCUCGAUUGAUUCUUACGAGAUCUGGAAUGGCCAGCGUUGGGCUGAUAGGAAAGAGGUUCUUGCCUGGGGUGCUGCCAACUUGCUUGUGAUGAGGAUCAAGCAAACCGGUGCUCGUUCAAAAGAAGACUGGCUUGUGUUCAAUGAUGUUGAUCACAUUAGCAGCUAUGAUGAUAUUUGUUCUCUGCAUCUUUUGUCCUCGGGGAAUCGAUACAGCGACGAUACCGACAUGGAGCAUCUGAUCUUUGGUCGAGUUCGAGGUGAUAUUGCUCAUCUCGCCAUAUCCCCCAAUGAAGGAACCUUUGAAUACAAGCAGAAGUUCGUCACAAACGGACUCAGACUUGAUAAAACAGAUUUGAGCAGUGAUACAGACCCUACUUUGGCUGCGCAUUUUGACAAUGGAUACAUCGCUUUCUACCAUACCGAGACCGACAAAGAAGAAAUCCAGCCAUUCACAUGGCUUCGACCGGAAGGCUCGUCACGAACCAACUACUCCAAACUGCUAUCCUCAUCACUAGUGGCAGUGGGAACUGGAAAUGUGGAAAAUUCCCUGUCUAUCUCGAAAAUCACACCAGAUGGCAUCUCUGCAUAUCGAAAUAUCGGAAUCGGCCCUUUAGACACCGAUCCUGCAAGCUUCAAAUCAAAGGCCAAUAUCAGUGCCAUUGAACCUCUCAACAACCACGCCAUUUCAGGCUCCCCCGGCGAAGUCUUUCUAGCCGCCUGGGACGACUACGCCAUCAGGCUCCACGACCUGCGCUCCCCACGGCUCUAUGAAGUCUCCUACAGAGAUAUCACGGACCUCAACCCCAUCUACAGCCUCCACGCCUUCGGCCACGAGCGCUUCCUAGCUGGAGCUGGCGGCGAAGCCUUGGUCAAGAUCUUCGACCUGCGCAUGUGCAACACAUACGAUUACCUCGAUGCGCAGAUACCCGCCUCGCAAUGGCAGGGCACACAAACCACAACAAAUACCGAAGCCAACAUCACACCCAGAACAGCAGCAAACUCCCGCCCUUGGCAGGGCUUUUCGAUGUUCCUCUCCCAUCAACCACCCCUUACAUUCCCCCAACAAACUCAAGCCCCAGUCCGCACCCGCCGAAGAGGUCCCUACCGCGGCCCUAUCUACACAAUGUCCUCGCCGUCGCCCUCCUCGCCAACCGUCUACACAGGCGUCGUGGACGGGGUCGUCCAGCUCGACUUCGCGUCCACGGACGACCUAACCGGUCCACAGAAAGAGUGGUACGAAACUAACUUGGACCUGGGCGUGAACAUAGGUCCUGAGGUUUCACCACGCUGGAACUCUGAACCGUUCAAUUUGGCUGGAUAUGAGCGCCCAGAUGAAGAUGACUUCGUUACUGUUUGUAAGCUGAGGAAUCAACGCGCCUUUCGGGAUCUUGAGCCUAGGGAUGUGGCUGAGACACACACGGGUUGGGAUUGUCGAUGGAAGGAUUUGGAUGAGUCUAGGAGUUGGAGGAGGCGGGAUAGGUAG